CUGGCGGAACAAAUAGACGAAUCCACCUUCUGCACAAUAAAUGAUGAUGCCCCCACACGGAUUAUGGGUAACUGCGCCAGCUCUCCAGACAUCACAAUAGCGAGCCCUGGUCUGAUAAACUACGUAACGUGGAGAGCAGUAGUUUGUCUAGCCUCAGACCACUUACCCAUAAUCGUUUCUCUGGAUCGACCCAAUGACUUUAUCGUCUCUGAACGCCGUCUAUACAUAAACCAAAAGAAAGCAGACUGGCCCGGCUUCAGAGAAUUCACUGAUCGCAUCUUCAAUGAUCUUCCAGCUCCUAACAACGUACACCAAGCAGAGAGCAAGUUCCGCGAAACCGUCAUCGCAGCAGCGGCCCGCUUUAUUCCUGCUGGUCGACUAUCCUUAGUGCGGCCGCACUUCCCAGCAGAGGCAGCGAGACUAGCAGAUGAGCGCGAUGACAUCCGAAAUAUCAACCCCGACGACCCACGUAUUGUCCAGCUGAAUCAUGAUAUCAGCAGGUUGGUAAAUGAGGACAAGCGGAAUAAAUGGUUAGAUCAUUUGAAGAACUGCAACUUGAGCUCAGGUGUAAGUUGUGGUCUACGGUUCGGUCUCUCUCCAACCCGACCCUGA